AUGGGUAAAAAAUCCGCCACCAAGGUUGAAGCAGCACCUGCUGCCAUUAAGGCCACCAAGCCUUUGAAGAAAGGUAAGAGAGAUCCUGAGGAUGAUUUGGAUACCAAAGUGAACCUAAAGAAACAGAAGAAUGAUGUGAUUGCUGCUGUUCAGAAGGAGAAAGCUGAGAAGAAGGUGCCUAAAAAAGUUGAGAACUCUGACUCUUCUGAUAUCGAGGAAGAAGAAGAAGUUGCUGCUACUGCAGUUGCUAAAAAUGGCUCAGUAAAGGCCAAGGCAGACAGCUCGUCAGAGGAAGACUCUUCUGAUGAAUCAAAAGUUGAAUCUGAGGAUGAGAAGAAACCUGCUGCUAAGAAGACAGCUUCUGCUACUACCAAGGCUGCUAGCAAAUCAGAUUCAUCCGAGGAAGAUUCUGAUGAGGAAAGUGUAGAUGAAAAACCUGCAGCUAAAAAGGAUAGCAGUAGUGAUGAUUCUGAAUCUGAUGAAUCAGAGAGUGAAGAUGAGAAAGAAACCCCGAAGGAAAAAAACUCCGAUGCUGCAAUGGUGGAUGAUGAGCAGAAACAGCCUAAGACCCCAUCAACUCCUCCUGCAGGAGGAUCAAAGACACUCUUUGUUGCCAAUCUCUCCUUCGACGUUGAAAGAUCAGAUGUUGAGAAUUUCUUCAAAGGUGUUGGCGAAGUUGUUGAUGUUAGAUUUGCCAUGUCAAAAGACGAUGGCAGUUUCAGAGGCUUUGGCCAUGUUGAGUUUGCAACUGCUGAACAAGCACAGAAGGCACUUGAACUUCACGGCACAUCCAUGCUUGGUCGUGAUAUUCGUCUUGAUGUUGCUCAAGAGAGGGGAGAGAGACCUGCAUACACUCCACAGAGCUGUGCCGGUGGUAACUUCAGAAGCGGUGGUGGUGGAGGUCAGUCAAUUUUCGUUAAGGGAUUUGACUCUUCUCUUCCUGAAGAAGACAUCAAGAGCGCAUUGAGUGCGCACUUUGCUUCAUGUGGAGAGAUCACAAGGGUUUCUGUUCCCUGUGACCGUGACACCGGAGCUUCCAAAGGAAUUGCUUACCUUGAUUUUAAAGAAGGCGCAGACAAGGCGUUUGACCUUAAUGGUAGUGAGAUGGGAGGAUGGAGUCUUGUUGUUGAUCAACCGAGGGAGAAGAGUAGUGGUGGAUUCGGUGGUGGCGGAAGGAGCGGUGGUAGAGGAAGAGAUGGUGGUCGGUUUAGUAGUGGUGGUAGAAGGAGCGGUGGUGGUAGAGGAAGAGACAGUGGCCGUGGUCGUUUUGGUAGUGGAAGGGGCGGCGGCAGAGGAAGAGAAGGUGGUGGUCGUGGAUUCAGCAGAUCUAGUUUCACUACCUCAGGUAAGAAGACCACAUUUAACGACGAGUAGAAGCUUAUAUGCAGAAGAAAAUGCUCUUCUUUAUGUCCUUGACUUGUGAUACUUCACAUCGUUUCUAUUGUUUCAGUUUUGUUUCUCUUCUAAUUAUAUGUUUUUGUCAGAACCUUGAAUUUUUGUCUGAAUGUUAAAUCAAAAGCUCAAUCUUGAGUUCUUUUUGUUGUUA